AUGGCAAAUUCGUCAGACUUAUUAACUACAACAGCUUGCAGUGUAGCUAAUUUCUCAGAUCAGAUGCCUGUUUGUGUUGGUGAAAUUAAUGAUCAGUCUGUUCAAGUACUUAGAGACACGGGAUGCAAUGGUGUCAUAGUGCGUAGGAGUCUUGUCCAUGAUGAUCAACUUACUGGAGACCAUCAAGUGUGUGUUUUGGCUGACGGAUCCAAAAUUGAAACCCCUGUCGCAAAGGUGAAUGUUGACACUCCGUAUUUUGUUGGAGAAGUGAAUGCGUGGUGCCUAAAAGCUCCAUUAUAUCCUUUGAUUAUCGGAAACAUUCCGCAUGCUAGAGAUCCUCACGAUCCGAACAAGGACUGGAAGCCUAGUGUUGUGAAUGCUGUAGUGACUAGACAACAGAAACGCAUGGAAGGUAAGAAGAUAAAACCUCUUUCUGUUCCAGAAAUAAUAGGAUCUGAAGUUUGUCCAGAGGAUAUGUUGAAAACACAGGAAGAAGACGAGACGCUGAAGAAUCUCAGAGCUUUGGUUGGAAAGGAAACCAACGGCAACAGAGUAAAGUACAUUUUGAAGAAAGGUAUGCUGUUUCGAGUUUUUCAGUCAGAGAAAGUCGAGAAUGGUAAGCAGUUUACUCAACUAGUUGUUCCUAAGAAGUACAGAAUGAAAGUUUUAUCACUUGCACAUGAGUCUUUAAUGGCAGGUCAUUUAGCUACAUCAAGGACAAUUGAUAAAGUGCUAGCUGAGUUUUAUUGGCCAGGAGUCCAGGCUGACGCAAGACGGUUUUGUCGAUCAUGCGACAUAUGUCAGAGGACUACUCCUAAAGGUAGGACAACUAAAGUUCCAAUGAGUGUUAUGCCGAUCAUAGAUGAGCCAUUCAGACGCGUAGCAGUUGAUCUGGUAGGACCAAUACAGCCAAUGACAGAUAACGGUAAUCGUUAUAUUUUAACUUUAGUUGACUUUUCAACACGCUAUCCAGAAGCGGUUGCACUCAAAGGUAUAGAAACUGAAAGAGUAGCUGAGGCAUUAGUAGAUAUAUUUUGCAGAAUCGGAGUUCCGAAAGAGAUGCUGACAGACAUGGGGACACAGUUUACUUCAGAGUUGAUGGGUGAAGUAAGUCGUUUACUUUCGAUGAAACAGUUAUCCACGACACCCUAUCACCCGAUGUGUAACGGCUUGGUGGAGAGAUUUAAUGGUGCCCUGAAGCAAAUUCUUCGACGACUGUGUUCAGAGCGGCCAAAAGACUGGGACAAGUACCUGUCAGCAGCACUUUUUGCGUAUCGAGAUGCCCCACAGGAGAGCUUGGGAUUUUCGCCAUUCGAAUUGGUAUACGGACACAGAGUCAGGGGUCCGAUGAGAAUCCUACGAGAGCUUUGGACAAAAGAAGAGACGGAUUCUGAGGUGAGAAGUACUUAUCAAUAUGUUGUCGAUCUUAGAGAACGCCUAGAGUCUACUUGUCAGUUGGCCAGAGAGAAUUUAGAGAAGUCAUCCGAACGUUACCGAGCACACUACAACAAGAAGGCUAAAAACAGAGACAUGUCAGUAGGUGAGAAGGUGCUUGUACUUUUACCAACAGAUAGCAACAAAUUGUUAAUGCAAUGGAAAGGUCCUUUUGAGAUAGUGAAGAAAUUGGGGAAAGUUGAUUAUAGAAUAGACAUGAACGGCAAAAUUAAGACAUUCCAUGCAAAUAUGCUCAAGUUAUAUUUUGACAGGAAAGAGUGUUGUGUUGAUGCUGGUAUCUUAGGUGUCGCUAGUGCAGCUAUGGUGGAUGUUGAAGAAGACGAUUCAGUUGACGACAGUGAUCUGAUAGAUUCAACACUACCUACUUCGAAGGAGAAAUCCAGUGAUGUCAAAGUAAGUGAUGAACUGACAAUAAGUGAACAUGAACAAGUGAAAUCGUUACUUGAAGAGUAUAGUGACGUGUUCUCAGAUAUUCCAGGAUGUACGACAUUGGAUGAGCACCAUAUAAAGUUGACGAGUGACAAGCCUGUGCGAUCCAAACCAUACCCUUUACCUUUUACAACUCGUGACGAAGUGUGUGAGGAAGUAAGAAACAUGAUAAAUUCGGGAGUGAUUGAACAAUCUAACAGUCCUUAUUGUUCACCCAUUCUGAUUGUGGAAAAGAUAGUUUUUACUUUUGUAACUUUAUAG